GUCAUCACCCCGUGUGCUCCUCGCUUCGCCUUCCCCGGCCCGGAACCGUGCGAGCCCGGAACCUACGCGCCGGAAACGCUGCGAGCCCGGAGCCCCGUGAGAGCGGACCCCCGCGAGGCCGGGCCCGUGGCGGCGGGGCCCGAGGAAACACCGGCAGCGGUACCAAGACAGGCAGCAGCGGCGUGGCCCCGGCGGCCCCCCGGCCAUGUACCGGCAGAGCUUCCGCCCCCCCACGCCUCCGUACCCGGGCGGCGGCGGGCUGCGGAGCCCCCCGCCCGGUGGCGGCCCCAUGGCGCCCUCCCCGCGGGGCUACGGCAGCCCCCAGCACACGCCGCCCUACGGCCCCCGGGCCGGGCCUUACGGCGGCGGCCGCUCGCCCCGCGGCUUCGGCUUCCACGGCGGAGGCCGCUUCGGGAGCCCGUCGCCGGGGGGGCAGACCCCGCGUAGGCCGCAGAGCGCCAGCCCCCGCUACCCGGCUCCCUACGGCGGCAAGUCCCCGGCCGGAGCUCCCCCGCAGCCGCAGCAGCACAAGCGCUCGCCCGGGGGCUUCCAGAGGCGCUACCAGGGAUCACCCAGGACAUCUACUCCAUUUGGUACAGCGCUUGGCAGAGAGAAAAGAGUGUCUAAUGAUGUGGAAAACUAUUACAGACCUUCAAUGCUUGAGGACCCAUGGGCUGGCCUAGAGCCAGUUUCUGUUACAGACAUAAACCAACAAUACAGCAGUGAGCAAACAACAUAUACUGGUAAAAAAGGGAGGUAUUUCAGUUAACACUUUUAAAGGCCAGAUAACUCCAUCUUGUCAGGAAAACUUUGGGACAAAAUCUUUACACUUACACAAGAUGAACAAUAAUAAAGACCUUAGUUAAUGUUUUUAUUUGAUCACCUGUCCACCCUUUUAUCCAAUUUUUUUUAUUGCAAUGGAAAUUUUUAUGUGUGGGGAGGGAAAAGGAGUGGUAGGAUAACUUACAUUUCUGGCUGCGUGGAAGUGCCUACCAGCUUUGAAGAACAAAGUGUUCUUUAAUCACCAGCGACUGAUCUGUGACUGUUAAAACAGGUUUCCAUAUAUUUACCUCUUCCAUGCCAGAUUGUUAGCCUUUUAUUGUAAACUCCUUUAAGAAAUGGUAUUUUUUUAUGUUUCAACAUUUUUAGAAUGAAGUAACUUGGAAAUAAAAUAAAGUUUUGUAAAUCC